AAAGACAGCCACUCUAGGAUUCCUCAACCCACGUGCGCUGUUCUCGCCGCAAACUACCACUAAUUACUCCAUCGAUACCUCUAAACGAAAAAGAAGAAAGAAUCGGAAAACGCAAAAAGGACCAGCUCUGCUGGAAGGUACUCGGCAUCGCCCGCGGAUCUCGAUCCCACUGCUGCGCGCAGCAGGAUGGCCGGUCCGCCGAACCCAUUUGCCGGCCUCGGCCAGAGAGACGGCGUGACGGGCUCAGCGGGUAGAGGGCGAGGAGGCGGUGGCGGCGGUGUGUUCGGGAAACCGGCGACGGCGCCCUUCCAGCCUACCAAGAACUCCAGCGCGCCGCGUGAUCCUAGACCCCGCGGUCGGGGGCGAGGAGCGCCGGCCGCAAGAGCCGGUCGUGGCUAUGGUCGAGGCGCGAGCUCAAAUCCUACCUGGCGGAAGACGGAACCGAACACGGGAGCGCCUACGCCCGCCGCGUCGUCGCCUUUCGCCCAGCUGAAGCAGAACCCGCCGUCCGAGUCGCCCUUUGCGGCUGUUCAGAAUGCACAGCAGACGCCCACGUUUUCGCCUUUUGGGAAGGCUUCGCCUUCGCCUGGACCUGGACCUACGCCUGCGCCGUUUGUGACCCCCGCGGCCGGUAGUGCGACUUCAGUCGAUUCGAGUCGAGAUCCCCGGAGACAAUCUGCGAUGCAGGUGAAUGGGAACACGAAGUCCGGCAUUCUUGUGGAAGAUGGUGCUGUGCUGAAUAGCUAUCAUGAACGUUAUGAGAAGCUUAAACAAUCCCGGGCGAAGGAAAGAGAAAAAGCGAUCAGGGAAGGCCAGAUGGCGGACCCCAACCAGCCGACCUCCUUAAACCAAGCCAUCACCCCCGUCGGGACUUGCACAAGCAUGUGCCCGGAGUUUGAACGCGUCGAACGUAUUGUUCAGAAGAUGGUGGAUAAAAGCGAGAAGUAUCUUCAUCCUGCGACAAAUUCGCUUCAGAACAUGGAGCUGAAAAUGCUCAAGCGCUUUAGGCGAUCAGCUGCCGGAUAUGACGAACAACUCCCGUCUGAUAUUCGAACUCCCAUGACGCUGCUACAAACAAUGAACUAUUUGACUCGGCAUGUCCUUGGUGGCCCGGAACCUCUAGGGGUUAUCCAUAAGUUUGUGUGGGACCGGACGCGCUCCAUUCGCAAUGACUUCUCGGUACAGCAGGUCACGCUGGAAGACGAUGUGCGGAUAGCUGUGACAUGUCUUGAACGGAUCGCCCGUUUCCACAUAUCCUCUCUUCACUUACUCUCUAGCCCGGCAAAUGAGGAGCCUUUCGACCGCCACCAGGAACGCGAGCAAUUGAACAACACCAUGUUGUCGCUUAUGUAUUACUAUGACGACAACCGCGGUCGAAUUUCGUUCGAGCAUGAAGACGAGUUUCGAGCUUACUACAUCAUCUUUGCGAUUCACGACCAGCGACCAGACUUGGAAGCGCGUGUCCAGAAAUGGCCGGCCGAACUGCGCAGAUCACCUCGGGUGCAGGUAGCUCUAGAGUUACUUGCCGCUGCCGGAAACACGUGGGAAUACCAAGGUACUCUGGAUGCCAAGCGGCCGAACGCUAUUGCACAGGGAUUCUAUGCUCGCUUCUUCGAGCUGAUAGAUUCCCCGGCCGUGUCGUACCUGAUGGCAUGCGUUGCGGAGAUUUACUUCAACCACGUUCGCCAGACCGCCAUCCGAUCGAUUUGGAAGGGCUACUGUCGCUACCCUGCGUCCCAACAGCACAAAAACGAAGAAUGGACGGUCGACGAGUUGACAACCGUGCUGUGCUUCGACGAUGACAACCAGACGAUCCAGUUUUGCGAAGAACAGGACCUAGGAUUCGCCGAGAAUGCCAGUGGCAAUCUAUAUCUCAAUUGGGGAAACCGCCCUAUUGAUUCAAUUGCCUUCCAACCCUCCUCAGAGCAUUCCUUCUCCCAGAAACUCGUCGAGUCGAAGCGCGCAGGCAGGUCAAUGGCUGCGAUCAUUCUUGGAUUGAAUAUCAAGGACGCCGCAAGUCUAGGAAUGGUCGAUCGCUCCCUGCUAUCACAGCGCGUGCAAAGGCCUUUGACCGGUCCCGAUUUCGAGAGCAACGACUCCCUUUUCGUGAGCGACGACGACAACGAGACCCCUGCUCCGACUUAUCAAACAAAUGGGAUCUUUGGACAAGACGAACCCGCCAGACCCGCGCCGAGCUUUCCAGGUCCAUUCGGGGGCUUUUCGCAACCAACAGAUAGCUCGACGACAAACCAGACACCGGGUUCGAUUUUUUCGGCACCAAAGGCUCCCGAGCCAAGUUCAUUGUUUCCCCCCGCCGCGCCGACAACUGCCCCUUCGCCAUUUGGGGGCUCCUCUCCUUUUGGCGCCCCACAAGCACCGGCGUCCAAGCCUGCGGAGACGAAACCGCUGUUUCCAACACCUGCCUCGCAACCUACUAAUUCAAUCUUCUCUACAAAUGCGGGAAAUGUAGAGCCUGCUCCUUCUCCUGCUCCUGCGCCGUCACCCUUCAAAUCGCCUAGUCCCUUUCAGCAACCCGCGCCGUCGAGUUCACCUUUCGGGGUGCCAGCGCCGCCUACGAGCGUGUUCCCCUCUGCAUCUACGGCAAAGGCAGAGCCUAGUACGGCUUCUGCACCGUCAAGUUCACCGUUCGGUAUACCGGCGCCCUCUACAAGCGUGUUCCCCCCCGCUUCCACGACAAAAGCAGAGCCUACUACAGCUCCCGCAUCCUCACUCUUCAAGUUCCCAAGUCCCUCUCAGCAGGAUACGGUGCCAGCGACUUCCCCAUUCGGGGUCCCCUCAACCACGAAUAAUGCGUCCUCAUCCGCAACGACCAAGGCAGAACCUGCCCCAGUUCCUAUGGAAUCGCCACUCAAAUCGCCGAGUCCGUUCCCGUCAAGUACGCCGUCAUCACCGUUUGGGUUCCCAGAAACCUCGGCCGGCACUGAGCUUGGGCAGUCAUCCGGGUCGGCUGCAGGCAAACCUUCCACCAGCAUCUUCGACGCGCCGAAAGCUCCCACUUUUCCAUCAAGCUCAACCUCUAUCUUUGGUCUUCCUGGAUCUACCGCACCAAGUAGCACUGAUGUCCAGCCUGGCGAGGCUGCAAGCCCAGCUUCAGCGCCAGCCAAACAAGACACACCCUCUAUAUUCUCAUCGUCUCAACCGGCCCCCAGCUUAGGCAACAUUUUCGAAAAACCUGCCACUACGGGGCAUGAGAAUGGGCAGAAUAACUCAAAGACACCGUCUAUCACUGCGUCACAAUCAGCGCCCGGGGGUUUGAACAAUAUCUUAAAGCAACCUGCUCAGCCGGAAAAGCCUUCACCCGAAAUCUUCAAAUCUCCGUCGAUGCCGUCUUUUGGGCAAGAGAAGGUUUCUCCGCCUGCGCAGACAACACAAGGUGUGCAUCAGCCAUUCUCACAGCCGGCAGUUUCUCCUGUGACAGAGAAGGGCACCGAAGAAAGGGAAAUUGGCGUAUCGACACCAGGGCAAUCUGCAGAAGCCAAUACAGCCGAUCAAGAAGAAGUCGUGCCAGCUUCUCCUGAGCCAACUCCAAUUGACGUAGCCGAGCGACGUGUCGCAUGGAUCGAAGCUUUGAAAGAAGCCGCCGAUAGGCGACGACACCCUUCCUCAUCCUCAUCGAGUCGCAAGCGAGGCCACGAGGAUCAAGAACCCGCCCCGGAAGACAGUGGCUCCAAACCGCCGAAAGCUUCAAAAGCCGAGGUGCCCGUCCCACGCAAGACGUCCAUGGCACUAUCCUCCAUCAAGCCGCUGCCGAAGCUUCCCAUCCUGGAACGCAUCGAAGCGAUGACGGCACGCAAACCGGAGAAGAAAGAGCCCCCGCCGCCAAAGCCGCACCAAGUCGACGAAGACGAGAUGCUUCUGUCCGCGGCGCGCAUUGCAGCCGAAUCAUUACGGAGCGGACCGAAGCUGCUCGACCACCACUACUACUCUGCCCCGUACGAGCCACGGCGUUCCUCGUUCAGUCCGGGAAGCAGCCUUUCCUCGAUGCAGUCUUUUUCUCGCAGCCAGUCGCCCAAUUCAGCCUCUCAGGUCAACGGGUACGAUCUGGCUCUUGCGCCUGACACGGAUCUCGGACUCGGUCGUACGCUGUCUCGAACUGAACAGAGACUCCGAAUGACCGGUGGCCGAGGCUUAGCUUAUAAGCCUUUGGAUUUUACUCCGGAUAAGAAGCGGAAGAGCAGGUAGUGCUUACUGCACCCCUCUCCAACUUUGAUUUGAGAUUCAUAUUAUGCUUUUGUUUGUUUUUAUGCGUGUGGCAUACCAUGGGAUGCAACAUGGGUGCUGGUGUUAGGGUUGUAUCAUAUGCAUUGGCGGAGGCGUUUGUUUGUUUAUUGGGUUGGUGUUCAGGGAUCUUUGAGCGUUUAGUGUCAUAUUUGAUUGAGCAUAAGAUUCCC